AUUUUUUUUUGUAAUUCAUCCAUAGACAUGUGUUAUCAAAAUUGUGUGAUACUCUUUAAUAGGUCGUAAAUUUCAUCAUACGACAAAAGUAAAUGGAGAUAUGUCAAAUGCAGCACAGUAACGCAGUAAUCACAUCUCAAAGAUGGACAGAUUGCGACUAUUGCCAUUGGAAUUGCCAUCAGCCACCAAUAUAAACACUAAUGGAACAGUUAAAGGAAAAGUUUCAUUUGUUCGACGAUUAGCAGUAGGAUUUGUUAUUUUGGCUACACUAGGUUUAUUAUAUGUGCCAGCAUAUCAUUCUGCCCAAAGCCCAUUCUCAGGCUUAGGUGAGACUCCGUCCCCUGCAAAAUCUAUUGGUGUUUCGCACUUGGUAGCCUCCGUUGCACAGCUACCAGGAUGGGCAUAUAAUACUUCAAGAGAUCUUUGUUUAUAUAUUCAUCCAGAAAAUACAACCUCAGUUUUAAGUCCUACUGGUAUUUGUUCUCCACCGCUGUAUCUCCUAAUAGUUAUUUGUUCGGCUGUUAUGAAUCUCAAAGCCCGUGCAGCUAUAAGAAAUACUUGGGCUAAUAGAAAUAAUUUAGAUAGUAUAUAUAAUUCAACAGUGAGGAUAGCAUUUCUUUUGGGAGAAAGUGACAACGAUACAAUUAAUAGCAUAAUAGCUGAAGAAAGUCAUCAAUUCAAUGAUAUUAUCCAAGAAAAAUUUUAUGAUACAUAUAAUAACUUAACAUUAAAGUCUGUAAUGAUGUUGAAAUGGAUAACAUCAAAUUGUGGUCAAGCUAAGUACCUCAUGAAAACAGACGAUGAUAUGUUUGUAAAUAUUCCUAUUUUAAUGAAGACAUUACAAUCAAGAUCGCAAGCUACCAAUACAUUAUUAGGUUCUCUUAUUUGCAAUGCAAAGCCUAUUUUAGAUCCAAAUAACAAAUGGUAUGCACCAAAAUAUAUGUAUUCAGAGACAAUAUAUCCUAAUUAUUUAUCGGGUACGGGGUAUGUGAUGAGCCUAGAUGUGGCAUUUAAAUUGUAUCAAACAGCAUUAACAACACCACUGCUUCAUUUAGAAGAUGUUUAUAUCACAGGUCUUUGUGCAAAACGUGCAAAAAUACGACCUGUAAAUCAUCCUGGUUUUAGUUAUGUUCCAAGGAAAUUGGAUCCUUGCAUAUUAAAAAAUGUUAUCACAACGCACAAAGUUAAUGUGUCUAAUAUGUAUGUGAUAUGGAGCAAACUAAAUGAUACAAAUCUUUCUUGCAGUAAACACUCUCAUACUGAUAAAAAAUCAGUUACUUUAAGUAGAAAUGGUAGAAAUGUUGGAUAUUAUAUAGUGAAAAGAAGAACUGUUAAUAAGUGUGUAUAAAGUAAAUAGAAUUUUUAAUAUUAAACCUAUUAUUUAUUAUCGAUAUAAUGUUUAUUAAAAAUAAGCAAAUCAAUGAAUACUAAGAAAAGUUCCAAAAUAAAUCACCUAGUAUUCUCAAUCAAUUAUCAUAAAAGAUACUUUUAUUAAGAUUUUUAAUAAACGUGAAUAUGCUUCUAAAUUUUUAAAUCUCGAACUUUAACCAAUUCUUGUACUAGUUUCUUUGCUAUACUCUAUUGUACCUUCCAUGUAUUUUUACUGCAAGAAAGAUUUGUAACUGAUAUUUAAUAAAUAAUUGAAGGUUUUAUACACUAUUUUUCCAUUUGAAUAGUAGUAGGUUUUAAGGAAACGCUGUCAAUUAGAUUUCCUGUGUGAGUAAUUAACUUCUUUGCCUACUUACAUAAAAUUUGGAUAAUUAAGUACCGAACAUGCGUUUGACCGUUGUGUGAAAAAUUAGGAAUUACACUUAAAACAAAGAAUUUCGUUAAUUUCAUAUCUUAUCAGCUACUUCCCAUAGAUAUUAAAAUGGUAUAUGUUUAUAUAUAUCACAUAGAACCAUUAUUAAAAAUACAUACUCGUAAAUAUCUCGUAUACAAAAUAUCAGUUCUCGUAGUCAAAAUAUUUCAUUUAAGUUUUAAACAUAUUUUUAACCGAUCCAACCAGAAACUAUUUUAAAAAUUACGACGCAGGUUUCAAAUACAGCCGAUGUUAUAAAAGUAUCGUAAAAAUUGUGAUUUACAAAAGAUAAUCUCAAAGAUCUGAAGUGACUGUACGAUAUUUAACACAGAAUGAUCUGAAACAUUAGUAUGUAAUACU